AUGCAAAAGCUACUUGAAAGUGUUGAUGUUUUAGCCAUCUCAGAACAUUGGUUAUACGCCGAUGAGCUUACUAUAUUAGACAAUUUACAUAACGAUUUUUUGUAUUAUGCAAAGACAAGCGAACAAAAUAAUAUGAACACAAGAUGGAAGCGAGGUCAGGGGGGCGUCGCGAUUGUUUGGAAAAAACAUCUCAAGGCACAACGAUUAUUACUCGGAAAUGAUAGGAUCGUAGCAAUUAAAUUUCGAAUGAAUAAUCAGAAUUAUGUUUUCUGUAGUAUCUAUUUUCCAUCAACGAACAGUAACUUGGCUGAUUUUAUCGACACUCUAACUUGCCUUAAUGCAGUGUGCACUCAAUUAAGUUACAGAGAAGAGCAAAUCAUUAUUGCAGGCGAUUUUAACGUACAUGUAUCGGAUCCACGUUCAGGUCAACGUGAAAAUAAUAGAGGAAAACUACUCCUUGAAAUGUUUGCUGAAUUUGACAUGUUUCCAGUUAACGUGGAUAUGCCCUGUAUGGGUCCGCUAUUCACGUAUUACUCAAGUUGUGGUAACAGUGUUGUUGAUUACAUUUUUGCGAGUAAGAACAUCGAAAGAAUUGUAAAGUGUGUUAAAGUUGGCGACGAACAUCCGUGCAAUUUAUCUUAUCAUCUGCCGUUGAUUGCUGGCAUUGAAAUUUCUGCUGGUAUAAACUGCCAUGAAUCAUCUAAUAAUUUAGAAAACGAGUAUGAACGAAUUGCGUGGAGAAAAUGUGCUUCGGAACAAGUACUAGAAUAUCAAAGGAGAUUAAAUGAUACAAUCAUAACAAUGGAUGAUACCUUAUACACCAGUGAUGACGUUGAGAACUAUUAUUGUUUGAUCUGUCGCAGCAUAAAAAGCAGCGACAAAUGUCUACCUCGUGCGAAGUAUAAGAAGUCCAUCAAGCCCUACUGGAAUAAUGAACUCAAGCGAUUAAAGACAGCUUGCAUGGAGCUUCAUAAGAAAUGGACCUCAGAAGGACGUCCAAGAGGAGAACAGUAUGAAAGUUUUCGGUUAUACAAAGAUGCAAAGCGUCUGUUCAGGAAGGAACAACGUAAAAUGGUACGAAAAACAGAGGAGAAUGAUUUCAAAGAGCUUAGUGAGGCUUCCGAGAUCGAUCACAUCAGGUUUUGGAAAUAUGUAAACCGACGUAGAAAGAAGAAAAGAUCAACUAAUGUGCUCACAACGAAUGAUGGAAGAACUAUCUCAAACCCAGAAGAAAUAGCAGAUGUGUGGUUUAUGAACGUUUAACUCCUGAGGAAAAUACAAAUUUUGAUGAUGACUUCAGGGAGUAUAUCGAUAUCGAGGUUAGUGACAUAACAAAAAACUCCUUAGCUGAAUUUGAUGAUAUCUUUCAGGAUCCCAUAACUUUAAAAGAGAUCGAGGAUGUGCUAACAGAAUUACCAAAUAAUAAAGCUCCCGGUGAUGAUGGCAUAACGUAUGAACAUAUUAAGUACUCUGGGGACAUUCUGGCUGCCAAGCUGUUAAUACUUUAUAAUAAGAUCAUUGAAUUGGAGUACAUCCCAAGACAAUUUAAGUUAGGAAUCAAAAUUCCAAUUCCAAAGGGAGGGAAGAGCUGUGCAUCAAAAUUCGACGAUCACAGAGGAAUUACUCUUCUUUGUACUUUUAACAAAAUUUUCGAACGUUUAGUACUCAACAGGCUUCAAAAUAAAAUAAGAUGUCGACCCCACCCGCUUCAAGGGGCCUACCAAGCUGAGCGUGACGCCUUGACGACUUCAUUUGUUAUUGACGAGUCAACUAAGCAUUGUUGCGAGGAAAACGAUAAAGUAUUUGCCUGCUAUGUUGAUGUCUCAAAGGCAUUUGAUAAA